UGGUCAGUAGUGCGCAUGCGCGGGGAUGUUGCGCAUGCGCAGUGCGGCUCGGGCAGGAGGGACGCGGAUCGGGCUGUGACUGAAUUAGUUGGAGUUCGCUAACAGGAAGGAAAAAAAGGAGGAGAGAGGCGCUGUUAGACAAACCGAGCUCUGAGUUUAAGAUCCUGACCUGCACUGGACCGUCGUCUGUCUCGCUGUACCUGAAGGUGCUUCAUCAUGGCUCUAUCGUUUAAGAAAGAUCUGGAAAAGUACAAGGAGAUCGACGAGGAUGAGAUCCUCAACAAGCUCUCCGAGGAGGAGCUGAAGCAGCUGGAGAGCGCUCUGGAGGAGAUGGACCCCGAGAAUGCUUUGCUGCCAGCCGGCCUGAGACAGAAGGACCAGACGUCGAAGGCAGCGACGGGGCCGUUCGACCGAGAGAAGCUGCUGCACUACCUGGAGAAACAGGCGCUGGAGUGUAAAGACCGAGACGACUACGUGCCCUUCACUGGCGAGAAGAAAGGAAAGGUGUGGGUGCCUAAACAGAAGCCACUGGAGGCCACUAAGGAGGACGUGACGACCCUUGACCCGGAACUGGAAGAGGCUUUAUCCGGUGUUACUGACACCGAGCUGUCUGACCUCGCAGCUAUCCUCGGAGUCCACACCCUUGUGACGAGCACACAGAGCUACGACGGGACGUCUGGCACAGACGGCUACAACAAUGUAAUUAAAGGAGAAAAAGUGAAGCCUGUUUUUGAUGAGCCGCCAAACCCGACUAACGUGGAGGAAACUCUGCAGAGGAUAAAGAACAACGACCCCACGCUCACCGAGGUCAACCUCAACAACAUCAAGAACGUUCCCAUCCCCACGCUGAGAGACUUCGCCAAAGCCAUGGAGAAGAACACACACGUGAAGAAGUUCAGUCUCGCGGCUACACGCAGCAACGACCCCAUCGCCGUGGCGUUUGCAGAUAUGCUGAGAGAGAAUAAGACGCUGAGGAGUUUGAACCUGGAGUCGAAUUUCAUCACCGGUUCUGGAGUUCAAGCGCUCGUGGAAGCUCUGAGAGACAACGACACACUCUCUGAGAUCAAGAUCGAUAACCAGAGGCAGCAGCUGGGCACUACAGUGGAGAUGGAAAUCGCUAAAAUGCUGGAAGCGAACACCAGUAUAGUGAAAUUCGGAUAUCACUUCACUCAGCAGGGACCUCGAGCUCGAGCAGCAGCCGCCAUCACCAAAAACAACGACCUGGACGAGUUGUUCUCUAGUCAUCCCUCUCUCCUCUCAUUUAAAGCUGGAAUUCCUGUGAAAGUGGCCUGAACUACCGUGUGCGAGUGUGUGUGCGCGCGCGAGUGUGUGUGUGUGUGUGUGCGCGCGAGUGUGUGAAAUGGUGAUAAGGUCACACCCAUCUACAAGGUCGUUAGUCAUUCUUUCUCUGCAUUGUGUGUGAGAAUGUAACACCUUUGACCUUUGACCUUUUGGGCAUGCACAUAACAGAUGUAACUGUACAGAAAUCACAUUAGUGCAGUUACAGGAAAAUAAUCAACACCUUCCGACCAAUCAGAAUCCAGAAUCCAGAAUGGUGUAUAAACUUAAUAAGUGAGAGUUUUAGCAUUUCGAGGUUAAGGCUAAUGGUAGUGUGUGUGUGUGUGUGUGUGUGUGUGUGUGUGUGUGUUUACUUGCACGUGAACUGUGUGUGUCACAGUGUGAAGUGUUUCUGACUCACUUGCAUGCUGCUGUGUGUGUGUGUGUGUGUGUGUGUGUGUGUGUGUGUGUGUGUGUGUGUGAGUGAGACAUACUCACUGUAUUCGUCACCAUGGUAACAUCAUCACACUGAUUUCACGGUUUGAGUUGAGUACCAGUGCGAGUUGCGUUUCCACCGGAGACUAUAUUUAGUUCCAGGAACUUUUUAGCGAUGUGUUUCUGUGAACGUUGCGUAACUGUGGUCUGUUUUUAUCCGCUAUUUUGUUUAUUCUUUGCUGAUUAAACAGUCAGAUUGAAUUAGUGUAUUGAAGUGUACAGUUCGGUUUUCUCCACUCCUAGUUCAGAGUUCAGGGCGAGAUGCUCACAUUGAGAUGUUCAGGGCGAGAUGCUCACAUUGAGAUGUUCAGGGUGAGAUGUUCAGGGAGAGAUGCUCACAUUGAGAUGUUCAGGGUGAGAUGUUCAGGGCGAGAUGCUCACAUUGAGAUGUUCACAUUGAGAUGUUCACGGAGAGAUGUUCACAUUGAGAUGUUCAGGGAGAGAUGCUCACAUUGAGAUGUUCAGGGCAAGAUGUUCACAUUGAGAUGUUCACAUUGAGAUGUUCACAUUGAGAUGUUCACAUUGAGAUGUUCACGGAGAGAUGUUCACAUUGAGAUGUUCAGGGAGAGAUGUUCAGGGAGAGAUGUUCAGGGAGAGAUGUUCACACUGAGAUGUUCACACUGAGAUGUUCAGGGAGAGAUGUUCACACUGAGAUGUUCACAUUGAGAUGUUCACACUGAGAUGUUCGGGGUGAGAUGUUCACAUUGAGAUGUUGAGGGCGAGAUGUUGAGGGCGAGAUGUUCACGGCGAGAUGUUCACACUGAGAUGUUCGGGGUGAGAUGUUCACAUUGAGAUGUUGAGGGCGAGAUGUUCGGGGCGAGAUGUUCACACUGAGAUGUUCGGGGCGAGAUGUUCACACUGAGAUGUUCGGGGCGAGAUGUUCACACUGAGAUGUUCGGGGCGAGAUGUUCACACUGAGAUGUUCACACUGAGAUGUUCGGGGUGAGAUGUUCACAUUGAGAUGUUGAGGGCGAGAUGUUGAGGGCGAGAUGUUCGGGGCGAGAUGUUCACACUGAGAUGUUCGGGGCGAGAUGUUCACACUGAGAUGUUCGGGGUGAGAUGUUCACAUUGAGAUGUUCACACUGAGAUGUUCGGGGCGAGAUGUUCACACUGAGAUGUUCACACUGAGAUGUUCGGGGUGAGAUGUUCACAUUGAGAUGUUCACACUGAGAUGUUCGGGGCGAGAUGUUCGGGGCGAGAUGUUCGGGGCGAGAUGUUCGGGGCGAGAUGUUGAGGGCGAGAUGUUCACACUGAGAUGUUGAGGGCGAGAUGUUGAGGGCGAGAUGUUGAGGGCGAGAUGUUGAGGGCGAGAUGUUCGGGGUGAGAUGUUCACACUGAGAUGUUCGGGGCGAGAUGUUGAGGGUGAGAUGUUCGGGGCGAGAUGCUAGAUGACGGAAGAUGAAUACAGUGCAAGUUUAGAUCGAAUUCCUUUUUUGCGUUCGUCAAAAUAAACAGCAUUUUCAGAAUUCUCCAUAAAUGCUUUUAAAAUUCGGUAAAUUACAGGAAACUCGUCAUUCUAGAACUGAUUAUAAUCCAAUAAAUGAAUUCAGAACAUUUUCAGCACUUUUUAAUAUUUUAUGGUAAGUGAUGAUUCAGAAAUGACACCUAGUGGAGUUUCUAUGGCUCUAAAAAAAAAAAAAAAAACACGUAAAUGUUAGCAUGAUAAAUUGAUAUUAGCGUCGUUAGUGUCUUUGUUUUCAUAAAGUGUUCCGGUGGAAACGCAGAACAGGAAGUUGUUCAGGAAGUUGUUCUUCAGAGCUGCUCUCACACUAGACAAGUGCUCCUCAAAUGCAAAUCCAAACAUCUGGGGGGGAAAAAAGGUUAGCUUUAUUUUUUAAAAAGAUAACGCUCAAGUGCAUUUUUUUAAUCAUCCGUCCAAUCAGGUCGCAGCUGAGGAUGUAGGCGGAGCCAGUAGGAGGAGGUUCAUGAGGAGAUAUUUGUAUUUAAACACAUUAGUACAGAAUCAGUGAGAUCUCUGUAGUUAGAGAAACUCGCUAAUUUCUGUUCAGUCGUACGCUGGACGCUCUAACGCCAUGUUCCUGGCCCUCAGCGCGGGACUAGUGUGAAAGCAGCCGAAACUUCUGCAGCUCUUUCCAGAACCUUCCAGUGAAGUUAACGCGGUGCGACGGAGGCGUGUAGAGAGAGAUGUGUAGUGUAUCCCCCCAGUCUCUCUCUCUCUCUCUCUCUCUCUCUCUCUCCCUCCAUCUCUGCAGAGUCGUGUACCGGUCUCUGUGUAUUGUGUUGCGUUGUGUUCAGCGUUGAUCCUGAACGAGGGCCAGAACUGGAACUUCCCCCUCCCUCCGUUCAGCUCUGCUCAUCACAUCGUCAGCGUUGCUGUUCUUCUCUUCUUUUAUUUCUUUUAUUUCUUUCUUUUUCAUUAUUAUUAUAAAAUCAGCUUUUUUGUAUUUUGUUUGUAAACACAAGAAUCAGUGAUGAGUUGUUAGAAUCUGAUCCGAUGUCUGAUACUGAUCCCAUAUGCACAUCCUCGCAGUACCCGAGCCAGGCUCGUGUGUGUGUGUGUGUGUGUGUGUGUGUGUGUAAAAGACCAUGUGUUCACACAAACACUCUAAGUGAGAGUUUAUGCAAAUGAGCUCUGAUCUCAUGCAAAUAAUUGGCUCCUGGAAAUUUGCAUGAAGUCCAUAUAUGGAAGAAAACCCUAAACCCAGAGCUUUAUUUCUUCCAGAGAUCAAAUUACAUACAGGAAAAAGAGCAGCUGGAUAGGCCACGCCCACAGGUGACAACACAGGGUUAUAUCACAGGUGUGUGUGUGUGUGUCACACACAUAAAUAUACACUCAAGGUUCAAAUCAGAGUCAUAUGUUCAGCCUGAUCUGAAACUGAUAGAACCUCUGAUUUAUGAGACUCUCUCUCUCUCUCUCUGUCUCUCUCUCUCACUCACUCACUCACUCUCUCUCUCUCUGUCUCUCUCUGUCUCUCUCUCUCUGUCUCUCACACACUCACUCACUCUCUCUCUGUCUCUCUCUCUGUCUCUCUCUCUCUGUCUCUCACACACUCACUCACUCUCUCUCUGUCUCUCUCUCUCUCUCUGUCUCUCACACACUCACUCACUCACUCACUCUCUCUGUCUCUCUCUCUCUCUGUCUCUCACACACACACUCACUCACUCACUCUCUCUCUGUCUCUCUCUCUCUGUCUCUCACACACUCACUCACUCUCUCUCUGUCUCUCUUUCUCUCUCUGUCUCUCACACACUCACUCACUCACUCACUCUCUCUGUCUCUCUCUCUCUCUGUCUCUCACACACACUCACUCACUCACUCUCUCUGUCUCUCUCUCUCUCUGUCUCUCACACACACACUCACUCACUCACUCUCUCUCUGUCUCUCUCUCUCUGUCUCUCACACACUCACUCACUCUCUCUCUGUCUCUCUCUCUCUCUCACUCUCUCUCUCUCUGUGUCUCUGUGUCUCUCUCAGUAUCAGAUCAAUGCAUCCAUAAUCAAGCUAAAAAGGAAGUCCCUCUGCCUUUGGUCCAGAUGCUUUAUCCGUGUGUGUGUGUGUGUGUGUGUGUGUGUGUGUGUGUGUGUGUGUGUGUGUGUGUGUGUGUGUGUGUGUGUGUGUGUGAGUUCUUAUCAGGGGGUUGGUCCUCUGGGAACUGAUUGCUUAACAUCCGGUAGGCAGAGACACACCCAUGAUGAAAGUGCAUUCAGCUGUGUGUGUGUGUGUGAUCAUGUUUGUCCAGCUGUUUUGAAGCUUAUACGUUUGUCUGCAUGAGCCGUAAUACAAACCGAAGCAUGUCUUUGUCUCUCACACACACACACACACACACACACACACACACACACACACACACACACACACACUAAAGACUGUAACUCAUGAAUAUUCAUGUUUAUAACCUGUAUGUAUAUGUAACUAAUCACUGCAGCAUGUCAUGUAUAGAUCAAGAUGUAAUUAUAAUUAUAAAUGCAGUUAUAUAGUAUAUCGUGUGUGUGUGUGUGUGUGUGUGUGUGUGUGUGUUAUAUAAUAUAAUAUACAUUACCCUGUAUAUAUGAUAUAUUGUAUUAGUGUUUUAAGUGAGCCUCAUCUUUAAACAUGCUGUGCUUCAUUUUGGCAAGGCUUAGUGUGUUUUAACACACACACACACACACACACACACACACACACACACUCACUCUAACAUCUUUUCACACUGUCAUUUUGUGAGCACUUCCUCUUUCGUGGGUGUCAAUUUAAAAAUGAGCAGUUACCAUGACAACAUGCAAAGGGAUUACACUUAACAUAACAGCACUAAACUACAUCUCUCUCUCUCUCACACACACACACACACACACACACACUGUUCAUUACGAUUGAGUUGCUCUGGUUUAAUGGACCAUUACCCGCUCACCUGAAGCAGCUAAACUGAGUUAGAGGUGCACUUCUUGGAGAGAGAGGGAAAGGAUGCGUAGGGAUGGAAAAUCCGGAAAACUCUGGAAACACGGAAAAUCUGGGAAAAUUGGACACAAGUGUGUAUGUGAGAUUUACUGUGCAAGUUUAAAUGGACUUGAAUAUCGGCAUGUUGUAUAUUCAAACAGCAGAUGCAUGUUAAUGCUAGGACCAAUUUAUUUUUUAUUUUUAUUUUUCUUAUUGUCUCUUUUUUUUCUACUCGUCAGGAAAUUGAUCACGGAGCCGUGUGUAUCAGUGUGUCUGUCUUGCGUUUUCUUUUUUUAUUUACUUGUGAACAAUUUAAUUCUGGAUCUCUGUCGUGUGUGUGUGUGUGUGUGUGUGUGUGUGUGUGCGCGUGUGUGUGUGGGACAUGUUUUCUCAGCCUGUGAAAACUGUAUCCUUUUGUGUUUAUUAUAAAUAUCCAUCUCAUUAAGGCUGUUUGUCUGAGAGACUGAUGAGCAGCUGUAAUACUGUACUGUUGUAACGACACAACGCUGUGCCACUGUAUACUCUCUUCAAUAAAUAUGUUUUUACACUAUAUCAUAAA